UGUUAAUACCCCUGAUUUACUUGAAGGAGUUGAGUGACAGCCUGAGGUGUGUCAGCGAUGGGCAGGAAGUUGGAUCUGUCGGGGCUGUCGGACAACGAGGCGGAGCAUGUGCUGCAGGUGGUGCAGAGGGACAUGCAGCUACGCAAGAAGGAGGAGCAGCGCCUCAGUGAACUGAAGCAGGAGCUGGAUGAGGAGGGCAGUCGCUGCCUCCUGCUGUCGCGGCGGAGUUGCUUCAACCAGCGCUGCUGCAUCCGCUGCUGCUCGCCCUUCACCUUCCUGCUCAACCCCAAGCGCCAGUGUCAGGACUGCCACUACAACGUCUGCAAAGCCUGCCGGGUCCACAACAAGCAGGACAAAGCCUGGCUCUGCUCCGCCUGCCAGAAGAGCAGAUUGUUGAAGACACAGUCGCUGGAGUGGUUCUACACUAAUGUGAAGACGCGCUUCAAGAGGUUUGGCAGCGCCAAAGUGCUGAAGACUCUUUACAGGAAGCACUUGGCGGAGCACAGCGCGCUUUCAGAGCUCACUGAAAGCAGCGUCUACGAGGACAGUAUCUGCAAUGAGGGCAGCUUCUGUGGGAGUGACUCAACCUUCUACAGACAAACGCAAGAGCACAGCAUAGCAGAGACGGUCACUGUGGCCUUGCGGGUGGCGGAGGAGGCCAUAGAUGAAGCCAUUUCAAAGGCGGAGUUUGACACAGCCAGUCAGGAGAAGCAGAAUGAGGCUCACUAUCUGCGGGAGCACAGAGGGGAGCUCAUUGAGGAACUGUCAAAAACUAUUGUGCACAAAAUUAUUAGUAGGAGAAAAACUUUGACUGAGAUGAGGGCAGAAUAUGACCAGGACUGGCUACUUGAACACAACACUGACCUUCAUCAUCAUCAUCAGUCUGACUGUGAUCAAGCAUCCAGCUCCCUCAAACACCAACCAGAUCUCUGGAGGUCGCACACUGUGUUCUCACUGUUGGACAAUGAGCCUCCAGGUCUGAUGCAGGACUCUUCACAGGCGCUAAAGAAGGACGGAGCUGGGUCAGCUAUGUCCAACCAGAAGAGUGUUGAUCGGCUGGACAACACUGGUGUGUCCUCGGUGCUGAAGAGCCCAGACGGGAACUGGAUGGCCCUGCAGAGCACCCAGCUGUCGCGUCCUAGCUUGCUGACCAGGAGGAAGAGCCUGGUCUUCAGUGCCUUGGAGAGAGAGUCUGAAGUGGUGUCCGCCUAUGAAGGCAUGGAUUCUGACAACGAACCCAAACCCGAGAGCGGCGCCCGCGUCAGUACACCGUCCCCGCUGACGGGCAGCAGAGAAGAUCUGUUUUCAAAGCCUGAGGGGAACUGGAAGCCUAAGAAGCCUCUGCUGGCUCGUUUUAAGAGGAAGGUGCCCACAGAGAUUGGGCGGCCUUCGUCCUCCUGCAGGACCAGCAUCAUCGACGUAAACUUUAAUGUGGAAGGAGCCGAAGAGGAGAAAAACCAGGCUGCCAAGCCAGAUAUAGGAAAAGUCCGAAGAUCCCGGAAGAAAAGGAGGAGCAAAAAAGAGUUGUCGUCUUCGGUGCUGGAGUACAGGGAGAAAGACAACCAUUCCCAACGUUCGUCUGAUGCUGCGACCCCUUUGACAUCCGGAGCGACGACCCCUAAACUUUUUCACCUUGAGAGUGACACUACAGGGCAUGAAGCCAAUCAGAUGGAGGAGCAGCUCAUGUUAAAACUACAACAGCUAGCGGGCAGAGUUUCUGACUCCUUAACUGAAGGAGGAGAAGGAGGAGGAGCAGGAGGAGUUGAUAAAGAUGGACAGAGGGAGGAAAAGAGACGAGGAAGGAAGGACAGAGGUGAAGACCAUGAGAAGUCGUGGAGGAUGGAGAUUGACUUGGAUGAAGGAAGAACAGAGGAAGAUGAAGUAGAUGAAGAGAUGAAAUGCAGAUUGUACAGGCUCAUCGCACAGUCCAGACUCGCCUACCUGUCGACUAAUGAUGACUUGGACAAAGAUGGCCAGAGUGAAGGAGAAUGGGAAGGAGACGAGGAGGAAAAUAUGGAAGUGAAGAAGACGGUCAGACUUAAUUCUAAACUCUGUCAGCUGGAAAAUGAAGUCAGGGCAAACCAGUUCUCCUCCACUGAGGAUGAGUUGGACCGAGUUGGCGUCAUGGAUGAAGAGGAGAAGACGGGAGCGGAGGAGGAGCUGGCGGUCAAAGUGUGCAGAUUAGCUAAUCAAGCCAACGCCACCCAAUUUUCAUCCACUGAGGAUGAGUUGGACCAAGCAGGCGGAGGUGAAGAGGGGCAGGAAGCCAUAGACGAGGAGAAUCUGUGGAAACGGCAGGCAGAAAAAGACGUCCAGGCCGUUCAGCUGCGUGAUUUGGCCAGUCUAAUUAGUGCUUCUCAGUUUUCUUCCACUGAGGAUGAGCUGGACAGAGUCGGAGAGAAUGAGGUGGAGGAGGAAAUAAAAGGAGGAUUGGACGUAAAUUUGUUUAAUUUAAGGGAUGAAAUUAAGACGGAGAGCUGCGAUGAAGAAGUUGAAGAUGUCCAACAAGAAAAAACAGAGGGAGAGGAAAAGAAAGAUUGCAUCAAGGAGAGAGUAACAGACGAGGAUGAAAGAAUGGCAGAAGGGCACAUGCUUCAAGAAAAAGUAGAACCUUUAAAAGAAGAUGUGGCUAAAAAAGCAAACAAGAAAGGACAAGCGAUGGAGUUAAUAUCCUUAGACGAGACAAAAGCCCAACAAGAAAAUCAGCCCGAGAUGAAGUGGCCAGACAAACCGGAAGGAGGAGAGGGACAAGAAGAGGGAAAGAUUACAGGAGGCGAAGAGAGUCAGGAUACAACAGCAGACAGCGAUGAGGAAGAUGCAGAAUUUGAGAGAAUAAUCAGCAGCAUGUUGAUGAUGACUUUGGAGGACAUGCAGAUGGAGGCAUUAAAGGAUGAAGUUGCAGAAAAUGGGAGCAUAAGUGGAGAACCAGAUGAAGUGGAUACGGGUGAGGAUGUAAAGAUUGAGGGAGAAGGUGGAUUUGAGGUCAAUGAUCAAAGCACAAAUGCCACAGGAAGUGCAAAAGAAUUACAAAGUCGAGGCGAUAACAUAACGCUAGAGUCGGCUGUGAGAGAAAAGCCAGGAGAAACUGUCUGUAAGCAGAUUGGAAUUGAUAUUAACAGAGAAAAGGGGAGUGGAGAUGCACAAGAAAAAAUAAAUGUAGAAAUAGAGGAUACACUCAAGGCGAAACAGACGUAUAAAAGACUAGAAAUGGAUGAUGAGGAACAAGAGGACAGAAAAGUCCCUAAUGAGUGGAACAUGAUGGACACAAAGGGAGGCGCUGCAGACGGAGAUUGUGAAAGUAAAGAAACGGAUGAAAGUCUUAAAGAAACUAAAGAAGAAAAUACAGACGAUAUGGAGCUGAGCCCCUCUUCUCUUCAGGAGGGUUUACUGUCACUGGAGGAGAUUCAAAAUAGGCACUCGGCCGCAUCUCUGCGCAGCAUCACCACUGAGGUCCUGAAGGUGCUGAACGCCACUGAAGAGCUGCUGCUGCUGCAGGGAGUGGAGGAGGGCGUAGACGGCCCCCGACUCUCAGACACGUCGCUGCUCCCCAACACAGAUCCUCAGAAACUGGAUCAACGGUUCUCUAGACUGGAGGAGAACGUGUACGUGGCCGCUGGGGAAGUGUACGGUCUGGAGGCGGAGCUGAGUGACCUGGAGGAGUGCGCUCGGGGCAUCUGCAGCGCCACGUCGGACAUGGAGCUGUCCUUCCUGGAAGAGCAGGUAGCAUCAGCAGCUGCAAAGGUGCAACAGUCUGAGCUGCAGCGUGACUUGUUUCUGCUCCAGAUUGGCAACAUCUCGGCCAGAAUUGCUGCUUUGAAGAGUGCAGGCCUCAAUGUGGACACGCAACAGUCACGCUUAACUAAGACCAAAACAUUUCCAAUGAUGCCUGUCACUGUGGAGUCAUCGAGGCAGCUGAGGAGGCGAUUACCUGCACCACCAGUGAAAGAAGACGAGGAAACCUAAAUCAUCGAGCCACGUCCUUCGCAGUAUCUUCAACACGGAAGUGCCUUGGCCAGUUUCAAGUGAUCCACUCAUUUGCCUUUUAACAUUCCUCAAAUAAUACUGGACAUAAGAUGAAAUAAUUAAAUUAUAUAUAGUAUGUCUUCAAAAAUGUUAAAGAUUUUAACUAUACUUUUUAUAGACUUCAUUGUAACAUCAUUACUUGUCCAUUGAACUUGCUGAUGAACAAAGCGAUAUAAAUACUGUGCAGUGACUGAAAACACACUAAUACCAGUUUUUACUGUUGCAUCAUAAUAUAGGGGAAAACAAAUACUAUUUUUUCCGUGGAUGUUUGUAAUGAUGCAUGUGUGUACAGCAAAACCAAUCAGUCAAUAAAGUACACAAUUCAAAAGGU